CUCAACACAAUCUUCCGCCGCCACUUAUGCAGCAUAGAGUCUAGAGGCAGCCCCGGCCAUGGCUCAGGUACGCUCCUGCCAUAGCAGGCGAUAUCCACUCCUGCUGGUCCUGGGCACCGUGUACCUAGCCGCUGUGUGCGGAGCGGUGGCGUAUUACCCCAGGUUUUCUCCGUUCUUCUUCCUGUGUACCCACCACGGCGAGUUAGAAGGGGACGGAGAGCAAGGAGAAGUGCUCAUCUCUCUGCACCUUGCGGGAAACCCCAGCUACUACGUACCUGGACAAGAGUAUCACGUAACCAUUUCAACUAGCACCUACUUUGAUGGCCUCAUGGUGACUGGAUUAUACACAUCCACCAGCGUACAAGCUUCUCAAAGCAUUGGCGGCUCAAAGGCUUUUGGAUUUGGUAUUAUGUCUGACCACCAGUUUGGAACCCAGUUCAUGUGUAGUGUUGUGGCUUCGCAUGUAAGUCACCUGCCAACAACAAAUCUCAGUUUUGUAUGGAUAGCUCCACCUGCAGGGACUGGAUGUGUCAAUUUCAUGGCUACCGCUACCCAUAGAGGCCAGGUUAUAUUCAAAGAUGCCCUCGCACAACAGCUGUGUGAGCAAGGAGCUCCAACAGAAGCGCCUUUGCGUCCAAAUUUAGCUGAAAUCCAUAGGGAAAGCAUUAUUUUACGAGAUGAUUUUGACUCUUACAAGCAGCAGGAAUUAAAUCCAAGCAUUUGGACGCCAUGCAGAAACUGUGAAGUUGGAGAGCUCUGUGGUGUUAUAAUGCAUGGAGCGGCUGUCACAUUUUGUGACCCUUAUGGACCAAGAGAGUUGUUAACAACCAACCUUAACACCACUACAGCAUCAGUUCUGCAGUUUUCUAUUGGGUCAGGCUUAUGUCGAUUCAGCUACUCAGAUCCUGGAAUUGUGGUGUCUUAUGCCAAGAGCAAUACUACUAGCUGGAUUCCCCUUGAGAGAAUCAGUGCACCUUCAAAUGUUAGCACAAUUAUCCACAUUAUCUACCUCCCUCAUGAAGCCAAAGGGGAAAAUGUGAGGUUUCGGUGGGCACAGGAGAGCACACAGGCUGGAGAUGUGUAUGAGGCAUGCUGGGCACUUGACAACAUACUGAUCAUCAAUGCUGCGUAUAAGCAGGUUGUGUUAGAAGAUAACCUUGACCCAAUGGACACUGGGAACUGGCUUUUCUUUCCUGGAGCGACUGUCAAGCAUAGCUGUCAAUCAGAUGGCAACGCUAUUUAUUUUCAUGGUACAGAGGGCAGUGAAUACAAUUUUGCCACAACCAGAGAUGUCGACCUCUCUACUGAAGAUAUCCAGGAUCAAUGGUCUGAAGAGUUUGAGAGUCAACCAGCAGGGUGGGAAAUUUCCGGAGCUGUCAUUGGCACUGAAUGUGGAACAAUAGAAUCAGGCUCUUCUCUUGUAUUUCUGAAAGACGAAGAGAGAAAAUUGUGUACUCCUUAUAUGGACACCACAGGAUAUGGGAACUUGCGCUUUUAUUUCUCCAUGGAUCACAGGAAGCCAAUGUCUACUAGACUUGCUAAACACCUGGAGGAACAACAGGAAAAAGUGUUUCCGAAUCUAGAGAUAAUGGAAACUGUUAGCUCAGCAACAGAACUGUUAUGUGGACUCUGCAGCCCAGGAGAAUCGCAUGAGCACGAUGUUCUCCUCUAUGCAGAGGUGGAUGGCAAGAAGGAACAUAUUGUUAUGGAUACACUGGCAUUCUCUUCUUACAAGGUUCCAUCACUGGUUUCUACUGUCAUAAGCCCAGAUCUGCAGACUCCAGCUACCAAAUUUUGUCUCAAGCAAAACAGUCACCGAGGGUACAACGUAAAUGUGUGGGCUGUAGAUUUUUUCCAUGUGCUGGCAGUUCUACCAUCCACUGAAUCCCACAUGAUACAGUUCUCUAUUAAUUUGGGAUGCGGAUCUCAUCAGCCAGGAAACAGUGUGAGCUUGGAAUUUUCAACUAAUCAUGGCCGGUCUUGGUCAUUACUACAUUCUGAAUGUCUGCCAGAGCUUUGUGCUGGACCCCAUCUUCCCCACAGCACUGUCUACUCAUCAGACAACUAUAGCGGGUGGAAUAGAAUUACUAUUCCUCUUCCAAAUGCAGCACUGACGAGAGACACAAGAGUUCGCUGGACACAGAAUGGGCCAAUUACAGGGAACAUGUGGGCACUUGAUAACAUUUAUAUUGGCCCAUCCUGCCUGAAAUUCUGCUCUGGUCGAGGACAAUGCACUAGAACUGGCUGCAAGUGUGAGCCUGGCUUUUCUGGGCCUGCGUGUGAAAUGGCUUCACAAAACUACCCUGUAUUUCUAUCAGAAAGCUUCACCAGUUCCAGACUUUCCUCCUACCACAACUUUUACUCUAUCCGUGGUGCUGAAGUUAGUUUUGGUUGCGGUGUACUUGCAAGUGGCAAGGCUUUGAUUUUUAACAAAGAUGGGAGGAGGCAGCUUAUUACAACCUUUCUUGACAGCUCACAGUCCAGGUUUUUGCAAUUUACUUUAAGAAUUGGAAGUAAAUCUGUCCUGAGUACAUGCAAAGCCCCUGAUAAGCCAGGGGAAGGUGUUUUACUCCACCAUUCCUAUGACAAUGGCAUUACAUGGAAACUGAUGGAACACUAUUCUUAUCUUAACUACCAUGAGCCAAG